UUAAAUUAUUUUUAAACGUAAUUAAAAAAUAAAUUAAAAAAUAGUGGAGGAGAAAGUGAUGAGAGGUUUUUUUUCUCCUCAUUGCUGUGGUGAAAAAAACAUUUGAUGAGAGAAAUUGUAUGGGAGGAGUGAGAAAGUGGGUAGAGAGAGAUUGAGAGGUUUUUUUUUUCCUCACUGCUGAGAAUGGUCUUAUAGACUUUAUAGUUCAUUUUAACGUCCAUUAAAACAAACAUAUUUUAAAUCGGAUCAACUUUAACCAGCUCUAUCGGAGUAUUGACUUUCCCCCGGUCAUGAGGACAAAUAAAAAAAAUCAUUAAUUUAGCGCCCCGAAUGCAAAUUCAAUCGCUUUCUCUCUCCUCCACUCUUGACUCUCAAGUCCUCCCUCAACUUCCAAGCAGCUUCAACUUACGCGUAGUUGAAUUUAAGAACCCCUCUCACCUUCCUUUUUUCAUGUAAACUAGACUGAACUAACUCAGAAUCAAACAACCAAAUUUGUAUUCUACCUCCUAAAUUUGUGUUUUUAUUCAUUCAGUUCUUAUCAAUUUUUUAUAAAUUCAUUUCAAAGACGAUUUUUUACAAUUCAUUCAUACCCUUUUCCAAAUUUCCAUGAAUUAAACCAAAAAAAGAAAGAAAGAUUGAAUCUUUGAUGAUAUUGUUUUUGGGUUUUGAUUGCAUAAUUUGAAAUUUUGGUGGGAAAAGCAAGGGUUUUGGCUAUGGCGGGGAUUAUGAAGAAGAUCAUGCCAGUCUCAAAAUCAAUGUCUGGUACAGAAUUUUUUGAUUAUAAUACUGAUAUUUCAAUUGCUAUGGAAUAUACAGGUUCUCCAAUUACUACUAGUAUGAUUCUUAAAGUUUUACCUGUUGAUAUUGAUAGUAUUCCAACUGCUAAGAUUGCUGCUUCACCUGCUAAUUUGUAUAAUUUAUCAUUGCCUGUAGUUGAACCUAUUAGGAAAAAUAUUAGGGGUUUUAAUGAGGUUAAGCUAGGUUCCAGGGUUGAUAAUUCGAAGAUUCAGGUAAUUUCUUCAAAGGAUAGGUUUAAUGAUGAUGUUUCUUAUAAUGGGUUGAUGGGAAAUGGGGAAUUGGAAGAUGGGGUUGAGAGUUCGGGUACUUUAGGGUUUUCGGGUAGUUCCCAGGAUCAUUCACAUGGGAUGUCUAAGAGUUCAGAUAUGUUGGAAACCCCAAUUGAUGAUUGUAAUGAAAUUGAGGGUUCUGAGGAUUGUAUGGGUUCGGAGAGGUGGAAUAAUAAUAACUCAAUUGAGCCUGAUUCGACGACAUCUCAGCGUUUUGGUGGGAUUUUUUGUGAGGAAGAGGAGGCUUCUGAUGGGGAACGUCUUGAGUGUAGGAGGAAGAAGAAGGGAGGUGUUACUUUUGGUGAUCAUGAGUCUAAUGUUGUGGUUGUUGAGGAGUCUUCGAUGUAUACGGAAGAGAGUUAUAGUGUGUGGGACGCCGAAAGGCCAGUGCCUGAAAAGCCUCCUAAGAAGGGUAUGUGUUAUCAUUGUCAUAGAGGGAAUCGUUUUACUGAGAAAGAAGCUUGUCUUGUUUGUGAUGCCAAAUAUUGUUGCCAUUGCAUUCGAAAAGCAAUGGGAUCAAUGCCACAAGGCAGAAAAUGCCUUACCUGUAUCGGUUACCCUAUUGAUGACUCAAAAAGGAAGAUGCUUGGAAAGAGCUCGCGGUUUCUGAGGGGAUGGUUAAAGAAGGAGGAAGUGAGACAGAUUAUGGAGGCUGAGCUAUCUUGUCCUGUCAACCAGCUAUCUCCAAAGUGCAUUUCGGUGAAUGGUCGCUCACUAUGCUUAAAUGAGCUGAUGUUGUUGCUUAGAUGCCCCAAUCCACCAAGGAAUCUAAAACCAGGAUCCUAUUGGUAUGAUAGAGUCUCCGGUUUCUGGGGAAAGGAAGGGGAUAAACCUUGCCAGAUUAUUACUCCAAAUCUUGCCGUUGGACAUCGGCGGAUGAUGCGAAAAGCUAGCAAUGGGAACACAAAUGUGCUGAUCAAUGGCCGGGAGAUUACUUAUGCAGAGCAGUUGAUGCUGAAGUCCUCCGGUAUUAUGUGUGAAGGGUGUUUUGAUCUUUGGCUGUCGGCAGAUGGAACCAUAGUUGAACUGGGAAUGCGAGUGGAAAAAGGAAAUAUCUGGGCCAGGAAAAGGACUAAGCUUUAUUGUGCUUUCUUGUCAUUGCCUACUCCUGAAUCGCCAAACUCUAGAGGAAUAUUAAACCAUGCUGAUGAAGGAGCAUUUUCUAACUACCUAGAACAAAGAGUGUUAUGUAAACUGCUUCUAUUUGGCCUAAAUUGUUCCGGAACAAGUGCCAUUUUUAAGCAGGCUAGGGUUCUAUAUGAUGUACCUUUCUUGGACGAGGAGCGUAAAAAAAUCAAGUCCAUGAUACAGAGUAAUCUUUAUGGGUAUCUUGGUAGACUACUUGAGGGACGUGAAAUAUUUGAAGAAGAAUGUUUGUUGGAACUGAGGAAGAGGCAGUCUGCUGAUCCUGGUCCAUCAGAUUCUAUAAGUGAACAAAAAUGUACGACUGAGUAUACUUUUGGGCUGAAAUUGAAGAAGUUUUCUGAUUGGCUCAUCGAUGUCAUGGUGUCAAACAACCUGGACUUGGUUUUCCCAGCAUCUACCCGAGAGUAUGCCCCAUGUGUUGAAGAGUUGUGGAAUGAUGCAGCCUUUCAAGCCACAUACAGAAGGAGAGAUGAAUUAGAUCUACCCAGGGUUGCUAAUUAUUUCUUAGAUAGGGCAGUCGAGAUUGCCCAAAAGGAUUAUGAGCCCUCUGAUACUGACAUCAUAUACGCAGAGGGCAUAACGUCAUCCAAUGGUCUCACUUCUAUGGAAUUCUCCUUCCCUCAGCCACCAGAUAAUGGCUGCGAGGAUCCAGCUGGCCAACCAGCUGACCUUAUUACACGAUACGAACUAAUUAGAGUGCCCGCAAAAAGUCUAGGGAAGAACUGCAAGUGGUUGGAGAUGUUUGAAGAUGUUAACAUCGUCCUAUUUUGUGUGUCCCUGAUAGACUACGAUGAAUAUGAGGUCGACAGUAGUGGAAAACUUACAAACAAGAUGUUGCUGAGCAAGAGACUCUUUGAGAGCAUCAUUAGUCACCCAACAUACAAGGAUAUGAAUUUCCUGUUGAUCCUCAACAAGUUUGAUCUCUUGGAGGAAAAGAUCGAGCAAGUACCCCUCACACAAUGCGAGUGGUUUCAGGACUUCAAUCCGGUGUUCAGCCGUCACCAGAGCACCAGGCGCAGUGGUAACAACGUAGCACCUCUGGCUCAACGCGCAUGCCACUACAUUGGGGCGCAAUUCAAGAGGCUAUUCAAGUCAUUAACUGGAAGGAAGUUGUAUGUUUGUCCAGUUGCUGCUCUGGAGCCUGAUAAUGUUGAUAAUGCUCUGAAAUAUGCGAGAGAGAUUCUUAGAUGGGAGGAUGAUAAGUUGAACUUCAGUAGCAUACAUGAUAUUUCGUCAGAGAGUAUUGAAAACAGCUCUUAUUCAAACUUUGCUGAAGGUGAACACCAAAUGUAGGUUUAUCCUCAUAUAGUAACAUUCUUUUGUCUGAUGUUUAUGUACAUAUAUGUAUAAUUGUAUAUGCACAAUCACAAGCUUUAGUGUGCAUUAUUUGAGCAUGGAGAAUUGAACAUAGAGAUAGGUAUAUGAAAGGAAAGACUGUACUGUGUUGUAAUUAACCUUUGGAGAGGUGAUUGUAUAAUUUUUUGAUAUCCAAUAUACUAUAGCGUUUUAGGAAAAUAAUUUUUUCUUUCAUUUAUAAACAAAUAUAAGUUUUCUUAA